CUAACAUAACUCACUAAUUAUGUUAAAUACUAUUAUAAUAACGUUUAAUAGCAUUAAAAAUGAUAAUUUAUGUUUGACAUUCACACCAUCAAUGUCACUUUUAUAGGUUAGAAAAUAAACAAGCAACAAGUUACCAUAAUCACCAACCUUACAACAGAAUAAAAAUAAAAACGGGACUAGACAUGCUGUGCUAAAAAUUAAUGGAAUAUUAAAGAACGGUUGGUAGCAAUUUUAAAUUGGCCAAUGAAUUAAUUUUUUGAGUUUGUGCUUGGAAAGGAUAUUUUGGCCAAAGCCAGGUAAGAAUCUCUCUUAUUCUAUGGUAAGAAUCGAUCAAACUUUGAUUAAAAACUUGUAAAAAAUGCUGCGAAAAAUUCCGAAACAUGUAACUAUUGUUUUAAACGAAACUGAAACCAUUUUCUUAUUAGAGCUUCCAAGUUCUGUUGUUCCUAGAGAAACUGAUGAAGGCGAAACUGCCGAAAUGGACAAUCGGCUUUACGAAUAUUUAACAAAAGGUAAAGGCCGUAAUCGUAAACUUGCAACAAUUGGGGUACAGACGAGACCUAUUUUAAUGAAAACGCGAAGUACUGAACCUGUGCAAUACAAAUUUAAGGAUAAUUCAACAUUUGCAUCAAAUUGGGAGAUGUAUGAUACUUACAAUGAGAGUUGUGUUGAUUUGACUGAAAAAAAUGUUGAUUUCGAGGAAACAAAUGAUCACAAAUUAAUUGAAGACGUGUCCUUGGACGAAUUAAGAAAGAGUAAAGAGACCAAAGAGCUGGAGAAGUUGUCGGUGAAUAAAAACUACUUUGACGCCGUUCUCGUAAUUGAACGUCUUUUGGCCAAUAAUUGUUACAAUAACGAGCAGAAGAAAUUCAAAGGAUUGGUGGACGAAGGCCAGGAGAUUCGAUUUGAUUACAAACUGGAUUUACUUUGGACUUUUGCAAACGAGGAUACGAAAAAUAAGUGCGUCACGGGAAUAUCAUUCAAUUCUUUCACUGAAGAUAUCGUAGCCGUGGGCUAUGGAAAAUAUUACUUUAUUGACCGCAGAAAAACAGGGGUUGUGAUGGUGUGGAAUAUAAAAAAUCCCAAACAGCCCGAACGCGAGUACUACUUCAAACAUCCAGUUACAUCUCUGUCUUUUUCAAACAAAGACCCGAACUACCUUGCUGUUGGUUUUUACAACGGAGAUCUUCUUAUAAUAGAUAUAAGUAAAAGAGACUUUGAAAUGGUAGGGGAGGACUCUUCUACAUCAUUUAAACCGGCAUGGAACCUGCUAUGGCUUGAGCAAAACGAGAAAGAAUUUCUACUUGUUUGUUUCGGAGAUGGGCGAAUUUGCAAGUAUUUUGUAACUCAAGCAAAACUCGAAUGUGUACAAAUUAUGAGAACGGAUAAAGUCGAGGGGAAAUUGAAAGGGUUAUCAGCGUUGAGGUUGUUUGAAGGGAACCAGAUUUCAUCGUCUAGGUAUGCAGGCGCCCUAUGUCUAAGUAUGUAUAAGCCGGACCCUUCAUUUUACCUCGUGGGCACGGACGAAGGAGUCAUACAUAAAUGUGCAGCAAGUUAUUGUACCCAACAUAUGGACAUGUUCAAAGCACAUGAAGGGUCAAUUCACACCAUUAAAUUUUCACCAUUUGUUGAAAAAGUAUUUGCGACUUGUGGUGACGAUUUCCAGGAGUGUUUAUGGAUUGAGGGGAUUAGUGAACCAUUGAUUGUUUCGCGAUAUUGCAUGGAACCGGUUCUUGAUAUCGACUGGAGUCCUUCCCAUUCGACCAUUAUGGCAAGCCUUCGAGGCAUGAACAUUUUCCUGUGGGACUUGCAACGGAAAAUCUAUUUACCCCAAUCCCAAACAAAGUCACCCACAAAUGCAGUAAACACAGUUUGCAAGUUUAGUGCUUGCGGCAAGUGUUUGGUGGUCGGAGACAUUGAUGGCAAUGUUCACACAUUUGCUGUGAGUGGACUUCCAUUUCCGGCGUUUUUCCAAGAAAAUCUCUUCUUCAACUCGAUUAAAAACAUCCUUCAAACUAACACCGAUCUAAGCCGCAAACUUGAAAAGUUGGCAAAUUGA